UAUCACUCCGAGUUAGGUUGUUUCUUUCCCGGUUCGAGCAACACUCGCCGGCGACUUGUUAUCAUCAGACUAUCAGAGUAUCCUUCACCGUUGAUGAUGGAGGCAGGCGAAGCAAAAAGCAAGAAAGCAGGAGGGUCUCGUCUCUGCUGCAUCUGUAACAAGAGACGACCCGUUCUCAAACGACCCAAAACCCUUCAACAGAUAUGCAGAGAGUGCUUCUAUGAGGUUUUUGAGGAAGAGAUUCACCAAGUCAUUGUUCAAAAUCGUUUAUUCAACUCCGGUGAGCGAGUGGCUAUAGGUGCCUCCGGAGGAAAAGAUUCGACAGUGCUGGCAUAUGUAUUAUCAGAACUAAACAGACGUCACAACUACGGGCUGGAUCUUUUUCUCUUGUCUAUUGAUGAAGGUAUAACUGGUUAUCGUGAUGAUUCGCUCGAGACCGUUAAAAGGAACGAAGUUCAAUAUGGUUUGCCUCUUCAGAUUGUUUCAUACAAAGAUCUGUAUGGAUGGACAAUGGACGAGAUUGUAAAGAUAAUCGGUCUGAAAAACAAUUGCACCUUUUGUGGUGUAUUCCGUCGACAGGCACUUGAUCGAGGAGCUACAUUAUUGAAAGUAGAUAAGCUAGUCACUGGACAUAAUGCAGAUGAUAUAGCCGAAACAGUUCUCUUAAACAUACUCCGAGGGGAUAUUGCUAGAUUGAGUCGGUGCACAUCAAUCACUACAGGUGAAGAUGGUCCAAUUCCAAGAUGCAAACCUUUCAAAUAUACAUACGAAAAGGAGAUUGUCAUGUAUGCUUAUUUCAAGAAGCUGGACUACUUCUCCACCGAAUGCAUAUAUUCUCCUAAUGCUUAUCGUGGUUUUGCCCGUGAGUUCAUCAAAGACUUGGAAAGACUAAGGCCAAGAGCCAUUCUGGAUAUCAUUAAAUCCGGUGAAGACUUUAGAAUUUCGACAACCACAAAAAUGCCUGAGCAAGGGACAUGUGAGCGAUGCGGGUAUAUCUCUAGCCAGAAAUGGUGCAAAGCUUGUGUUCUGUUGGAGGGAUUAAACCGUGGUUUGCCUAAGAUGGGCAUUGGAAGACCAAGAGGAAGCGUAAAUGGUGAUAACAAGCACACAAAGGCUAGAUCUACUGCAAAAUCCAUAGAGAGCAAGCAAUGUGGAUCUCUGGAUUUCUAAACAGAGAGAGAGAAAAAACGAAGCUAAUGAGGCUAUAACAAUACCCAAACUAGUUCUGUAAAGAAAUACUCCAUUGUUGUUAAACUUAAACCCAUUGUUGUAUUGACUUGUCUGACAAAAAAGUUUUGGUUUUUGCCUCUAUGGCACAGAA